AUGGCCGGAGCUCAUCAUAAGGUCGGCGAGCUGUUGCACCACACGCCGCGCAGCUCGACGGCCGCGGUCGACAAGGCAAUGUCCUCGCCCUCCAGUUCAUACGCGCAGCACCACGUCGUCAAGGAGCGCGUGGCGCGGUGGCGGCGCGCGCUCGCCGGGCGGUUCUGGCCGCGUGUCGGCUCGCUGCUCGUCCAGGUCGCCUACUUCCUAGCCGUCUCCUGGCUCGGGUACCUCCUCCUCGCGCAGCUCAGGUUCCGCGGCGACGGGACGAGGCGGCCCCGCGGCAUCGACCUGUUCUUCACCGCCGUCUCGGCCGCGACGGUGUCCAGCAUGUCCACCGUUGAGAUGGAGGUUUUCUCCAACGGGCAGCUCCUCGUCUUGACAGUACUCAUGCUCGUCGGCGGUGAGGUGUUUUUAUCUCACAUAUGCCUCGCGUCCAAGUGGUUCAAGCUGAGGAAGCAAGCUGUACACAAGUCGUCCAGGCGCGUCGAGAUCCACCACGUCGCCGAGCUUGAGAUGCCGCCGGCCGCCGCCGCUGGCAUCGAUAACCCAACGUCGACUACCGCCGAUGAUGAGACGAGCAAGUCGUUGGAGCACGUACCUGACACGAGGCUUCGGCGCGACGCAGUGCUGUCGCUGUUCUUCGUCGUCCUCGCCAUCCUCCUAGCGGUGCACGCCCUCGGCGCCAUCGCCAUCGCGGCGUACAUCCUGCACGCGUCGCCGGCGGCGAGGCGGACGCUGCGGAGCAAGGCUCUGAACGUCUGGACCUUCUCCGUGUUCACGACGGUGUCCACGUUCUCGAGCUGCGGGUACAUGCCGACGAACGAGAACAUGAUCGUCUUCAAGCGGGACACCGGGCUGCAGCUGCUGCUCGUGCCGCAGGCGCUGGUCGGGAACACGCUGUUCCCGCCGCUGCUGGCCGCGUGCGUGCGCGCCGCCGCCGCGGCGACCAGGUGCGUGGAGCUCAGGGAGACGGUGAAACAGGGCGGGGAGCUGACGGGGUACUACCACCUGCUCCCGGCGCGGCGGUGCGCGAUGCUGGCGGCGACGGUGGUGGGCUUCCUCACCGUGCAGGUGGCGAUGCUGUGCGGCAUGGAGUGGAGCGGCGCGCUGCGGGGGAUGAGCCCGUGGGAGAAGGUGUCCAACGCGGUGUUCCUGGCGGUGAACUCCCGGCACACCGGCGAGUCGACCCUGGACAUCUCCACCGUCGCGCCGGCCAUCCUCGUCCUCUUCGUGCUCAUGAUGUAUCUGCCUCCAUACACCACAUGGUUUCCAUUUGAGGGGAACUCCAGUACAAAGGAUCACCCCAAGCACGAGGAGGCACGGGGGAUCAAGUUGAUCAAGAGCACAAUCUUAUCACAGCUCUCCUACCUCACCAUCUUCGUCAUUGCCAUCUGCGUCACGGAGAGGGAGAAGCUCAAGGAAGACCCCCUCAACUUCAACCUGCUCAGCAUCGUCGUCGAAGUUGUCAGCGCUUAUGGAAAUGUGGGAUUCUCCAUGGGCUACAGUUGCAGUAGGCAGAUCAGCCCGGACCAGCUCUGCACCGACAGGUGGACCGGCUUCGUCGGGAGGUGGAGCGAUUCCGGCAAGCUCAUCCUCAUUCUCGUGAUGCUCUUCGGGAGGCUCAAGAAGUUCAGCAUGAAAGGAGGCAAAGCCUGGAAGCUUAGUUAG